GCCUUGAGAGAAUAAACUAAGAUGCCCAAAACCAAGAAACAGGAAUAUCUAAAUGUGAUUCUGAUCGGCUUAUCCUAAUUAAGCCUUCCAUUUCCACCUCUUAUUUCUCAAGAGUUCUUCCAAUCUCCUCUCUCUCUAAUGGACUCAUCAGUUCACAUCAAACCAUUUAUCGUUAAAAAUCACCACCACCGUAGACAUGCCUCUACCGCCGCCACCCACAACCGGCGACCAUCACCACCUCCUUAAGCAGCCCCCCACAUCCCUCUCCGAUUUCAUUUUCACAGCUUUCUCUCUCUUCCUCCUCUUCUCCUCUUCACCUAAACCUUACAAUACCAAUCUUUUCCACAAAUUCCCACCCCCAAUCUCUUUCCGAUUAAACCCUCGUCGCUUUCUCAUCAUGUCCCAAACCAACCGCAGAAACCCUAAUCACCCCUUCCCCUCCCCACAAUCUCUAUCCGAUUGGCUCAAGCCACGCUUGCCUUCCGACUCCUUCGCUUCUUGGGGGGUCAAGCCCGGCACCAAGAACGUCCACAACCUCUGGCUCGAGCUCGCCGAAGGAGAGACCUUGCUCGCUGACUCCACCCCUCCGGUCCGGACCGUUGAGGUCGUUAUCGUUCGAGUAAUCGGCAAAGACGGUCGAAUUCUCGUCGAAUCUCACCAGGAAUUAUCUGAUGGCACCGUUCGGAGCCGUUCACGGCCGUUGUCUGAAAAAAUGAAACCCGGAGAGACUGUUGAAUCAGCCAUUACUCGGGCUGUAAAGGAAGAGCUAGGGUCGAUAAUUCGGAGUUCAUUCGGCAAUUUUGAGGAUAGCGGCAUUGUGAGGAUAUUACCUAACUCUUAUCGGAAGAAGGUAGAGGAAAGGGUUUCGGCUUCGUACCCCGGAUUACCGGCUUGUUAUGUGUUGCAUACUGUGGAUGCUUGGGUGGACGGAUUGCCGGAUGGCGAGUUCUGCACCGAAGAGGAGGAGGAGUAUCUGUAUGAGGAUUCUGAUAGGAAGGAAAUAGCUGAAACGGCAGUUUCUUGUAAAAAGCAUCAUUGGAAGUGGGUUGAUCCUGAAUUCGUUUGAUUUUUGGUAUUGGUGGUGGGUUUGAGUUCUCCCCCAACUUCAUAGGUAUUGCAAUUUUUGUUCAUGUUGCGGUUUACAAUAAUGUUUUCUUUGUCCCUUUAGUUUAUGUUCAUAUUUUGAACAUGAGAACAGAUAACCUUGUACUAAGCAUAGUUGAAAUUAGAUGUGGAAUAACAUGAUUGCUUGAUCAAGUUUGGUUUUGCAUC